GAUUUCAGUUAAGGUUCUUUCUCGUCUUUACUCAUAUGUGAUACUCCCAUAAAAACAAAGAUUUGAUAUCAAUAAAUUUUAGAUUGCUAUAAUUGAUUUUUAAUUAUGGCAUCGUCAUUUGUGAAUGCCAUGUCUGUGCUCUCAUAUGCUGGAUAUGGUCAAUUCCAACAAAAAAUUUUAUAUUGGGGUAUAGGAGCAAAAACUUUGAAUACAAAAAAAUUCAUAUUAAGCCAAGUAAAAGGCGGGAACAAUGAGAAUGUGAGCGAUAUUGAGAAAAAAGAUGAUGCUUUGGAAAAACUAAAACCAUUGUGGGAUGAUGGGCACGGGACUGCAACUAUAAAGGAUUUUCUUGAUAUAGCUAUAUAUAAUAUCAAGUCUGGUGGCGAUGAUCAAAUUCGAUGGUUUUGUCCUAUUGAAUGUGGGCGUCCUCUCAAUAAUUCUCCGGUCCUCUUUUAUUUGCCUGGGAUGGAUGGUCUUGGUUCGGGACUUGUUAUGCACCACAAAGCUCUUGGCAAGGUUUUUGAGGUUUGGUGUCUCCAUAUUCCUUUUCAUGAUAGAACAUCAUUUGAAGGUUUAGUGGAAUUCGUGGAAAGCACUAUAAGGUUGCAACAUUCUUUCUUUCCUGAUAAGCCGAUAUAUAUAGUGGGGGACUCAUUUGGAGGAUCCAUUGCUUUAGCUGUUGCUGCUAAUAAUCCUACAAUAGACUUAGUACUCAUAUUAGUCAAUCCGGCUACAUCAUUUGAUAAAUCGCCAUUGCAACGCUUACUUACUAAUGUAGAGUCUUUUGUCGACGAAUUUGAUAGUGCAAUCCCGUAUAUCCUUAGCAUUAUACUAGGUGACCCAUUGAAGGCUGGAAUGGUCAACUUAAAAAAUAGCAAGCUUAAUGGAAAUAUAUUUGGCCAAUUUCUCAAUAACAUAAUUGAUGUGAUGCCAAGUAUUCAUGUAUUGGCUGAUAGUAUACCUGGAAGCAUUUUCGAGUGGAAGUUAAAACUACAAAAAGCUAGUGAUGUUCAUUUGAAUUAUCGUCUUCAUACAAUAAACGCUGAAGUACUUGUGCUAGCAAGUGGGCAAGAUGGCAUGUUCUUGAGUAAAACUGAAGCUGAACGACUUUCAAGUCUAAUACCUAAUUGCACUAUUCGGUACUUUCAAAAUACCAAGCACAACCUUUUAAUGGAAGAAGAUAUCAAUUUGCUAACUAUUAUUAAAGGUACUUGCAAAUAUCGUCGAUCAAGAACAAAAGAUUGGGUCUCAGAUUUUUUGCCGCCAAGCAUGUCUGAAUACAACCAUGCAUUCAAUAAAACUUACGGAAUCGUUCGCCUCAUUACUAGUCCUGCAAUAUUCUCAACUAUGCAAAAUGGAAAUAUAGUGAGGGGUCUCGAUGGAGUUCCCGACAAAGGUCCUGUUAUAUUAGUUGGCUCUCACAUGUUACUGGGUACUGAGAUCAGUUCAUUGGUUCAAGAAUUUUUAAUAAAGAAGAAUAUAAUGGUCCAUGGCAUGGCUUAUCGUGAGAUCUUUAACCCGGAACUAGAACACCCUUUCAAAAUAUUUUCACUUUUGGAUAUUUUUAAAGUGUUUGGUGCAUUACCGGUUAGUACAAGAAAUAUUUGUAAAGUUCUCUCAAGUGAUUCACACGUACUUCUUUAUCCCGGUGGCUUACGAGAGGCGCUCCAUCGUAAGGGUGAACAUUAUAAGCUAUUUUGGCCUGAUAAGCCAGAAUUUGUGAGAAUUGCAGCGAAAUUUGGAGCUACGAUCGUACCAUUUGGAGCCGUGGGUGAAGAUGAUAUGGUAGAAUUGCUCUCGGAUUAUAAUGGUCGAACGAGAAAUCGUAAUUAUAUAAAAUUAAGGACCGAAAAAGAUGGAGAAAUUUCAUAUGAAAAUCUUUCUUACCCAAACUUUUAUCCCAAAAUACCCGGACGAUAUUACUUCCUAUUUGGGAAGCCUAUGCGAACAAAAGGAAACGAGACUCUAUUCGAAGAAGAAGGAUACAGAAAAUACUUUUACAUGCAAAUAAAAUCAGAAGUCGAACACUCGAUUUCAUAUCUAAUAAAGAAGAGAGAGGAAGAUCCUUACAGGGGUUUAUUGGAUAGAACACUAUAUCGUGCAUUUUCAGCUUACAUGGAUCAUGAUGUACCAUCUUUUGAGCCAUAAGUUACAACUUUUAUAUCAUUACAACAGAAGUCAUGAUUUAAUAAAUUUUUAUCACAUUAUGGCAAACAAAAUAAUGGGCCUGUUUGGCAGAGCUCAUU